ACUGUGUUAGUUGAGAGAACAUGAAGGGGAUUUACAGGGACGGAUACUACGACGGAUCUAUUGGACUACGGGACGUUUUCAACAGGAGAUGCGUUCAAUGUGGCCACGGGGACUUUUUUCAAGCCAAAAUCAUGAGGAUUAGGACUGGGAUUGUUUUUUGGAACCUCGUCUUUUCACUGAUGCUCACUUGUGUCAAAGGUUUUAUCCAUACUUGUGGAGGCACAUUAAAAGGAAGGAAUGGGACGAUAGAAAGCCCUGGGUUUCCAUAUGGAUAUCCAAAUGGAGCGAACUGUACCUGGGUGAUUGUUGCUGAGGAGGGGAACAGGAUUCAUAUAGUUUUUCAAUCUUUCGCCAUCGAGGAGGAAUAUGACUUUUUAUCUUUGUACGAUGGGCAUCCACACCCAGCAAACUUCAAAACGAGGUUAACAGGAUUUACCAUCCCUCCGCCUGUUACCAGUUCUGGCUCCAUUUUUUCGCUGAGGCUUACCAGUGACUUUGCAGUAAGCGCUCAUGGAUUUAAGGUAGCUUAUGAAGAGCUGAGAAGCAGCUCGUGUGGAAACCCUGGGGUUCCAACCAAAGGCAUACUUAAUGGAACCCAGUUCAACGUGGGUGACAAGAUCCGUUACCGGUGCGUCACGGGCUACGUUCUGGAUGGCCACUCGCUCCUCACCUGCGUGACCAGUGCAGCUGGCGUGUCAGUGUGGGAUUUCCCUGUGCCGAUUUGCAGAGCCGAGGACACGUGCGGUGGCACCCUGAGAGGCUCCAGCGGGCUCAUCUCCAGUUUUGAUUUCCCCGGCGGUGACUCCCCUGGCAAUGGCGGAGGCGGAGGUGCCGGCGGCCUGGGCAGCAGCGGGGAGUGUAAGUGGACCAUACUGGCAGAUCCAGGCGACACCAUCUCUUUGGUGUUCACAGAGUUUCAGAUGGAGGAGAAGUCCGAUUAUCUGGAAGUCGAAGGAUCUGAACCGCCAACCAUCUGGCUAACUGGAAUGAAUAUUCCAGCACCCAUCAUCAGCAACAAAAACUGGCUACGGCUGCAUUUUGUAACAGAGAGCAACCACCGCCACAAAGGCUUCAGGGCUCAGUAUCAAGUGAAAAGCUCUGGAGAGCUUAAAUCCAGAGGGGUAAAAUUAUUACCAGGAAAGGACAACACUAACAAACUGUCUUUGAUGAAUGAGGGGGGAAUCAAACAGGUGUCUAAUUACUGCCCGGACCCUGGGGAGCCGGAGAAUGGCAAACGGAUUGGUUCUGACUUCAGCAUCGGAGCCACUGCUCAAUUUACCUGUGAUGAGGACCAUGUGCUGCAGGGUUCCAAAACGAUUACCUGCCAGCGCGUAGCUGAGGUCUUCGCAGCUUGGAGCGACCAUAGACCCGUCUGCAAGGUGAAAACGUGCGGGUCAAAUCUACAAGGACCGUCUGGGACGUUUACAUCUCCAAACUUUCCCAUUCAGUAUGAGAGUAACUCCCAGUGUGUGUGGAUCAUCACUGCCAGCGAUCCGAACAAGGUCAUUCAGAUAAACUUUGAAGAGUUCGACUUAGAAAUUGGGUAUGAUUCACUAACCAUUGGAGAUGGAGGGGAAGUCGGGGACUCCAAAACAAUAAUUCAAGUGCUGACGGGGAGCUUCGUCCCAGACCUGAUUGUCAGCAUGUCCCAUCAGAUGUGGCUCCAUCUUCAGUCUGAUGAGAGCGUAGGCUCAAUAGGCUUCAAAAUCAACUAUAAAGAAAUUGAUAAAGAGAGUUGUGGUGACCCCGGUACACCUCUGUAUGGCUACAAAGAGGGCAGUGGUUUUUUAAACGGAGAUGUUCUCCGCUUUGAAUGCCAGUUUGGAUUUGAGCUCAUUGGAGAAAGGAUGAUAACCUGCCAGGACAACAAUCAGUGGUCAGCUAACAUCCCCAUCUGUAUAUUUCCCUGCUUCUCCAACUUCACCUCCCCCAUGGGAACGGUACUGUCCCCCGACUACCCAGAAGGCUACGGGAACAACCUCAACUGUGUGUGGCUGAUUAUCUCCGAACCUGGCUCCAGGAUCCAUCUGGCCUUCAAUGACUUUGACUUGGAGCCUCCCUAUGAUUUCCUCACUAUCAAAGAUGGGGAUCAGUCGGGAGCCUCAAUAUUAGGGCGAUUUACAGGGGCUGAAGUUCCUUCCCACUUGACCUCCAACAGUAAUAUUCUGCAGCUGGAGUUUCAGGCGGAUCACUCUAUGUCGGGGCGGGGUUUCAACAUCACCUACAGUACUUUUGGCCAUAAUGAGUGCCCUGACCCUGGAAUACCUUUGAAUGGUAGGCGCUUUGGGGAUAGUUUCCAACUGGGAAGUUCCAUCUCUGUGGUUUGUGAGGAGGGUUUCAUCAAGACACAGGGGACCGACACCAUCACGUGCCAUCUGGAGGAUGGGAAGGCAAUGUGGAGUGGACUCAUACCUAAAUGUGAAGCUCCUUGCGGAGGACACUACUCAGGGCCGUCUGGUGUCAUCCUCUCCCCUGGGUGGCCAGGCUACUACAAAGACUCUCUUAGUUGUGAGUGGGUCAUUGAGGCCGAGUCAGGACGCUCCAUCAAAAUUAGCUUUGACAGGUUUCAAACGGAGCUCAGUUAUGACUUUCUGGAAGUGCACGAUGGGCCCAACCUGCUCUCUCCACUGAUUGGCUCAUUUAACGGUACCCAGGUCCCUCAGUUCCUGUUUAGUAGCAGUAACUUCAUAUACCUGCUUUUCACCACUGACAACAGUCGAUCAAAUAGUGGCUUCAAGAUCUUCUAUGAAGUGGUCACGCUGGACACGUACUCCUGUAUGGAUCCUGGUAUCCCCGUGAAUGGCCGACGACUAAACCACGACCUGUCCAUCGGCUCCACGGUGUCCUUCCAAUGUAGCCCAGGAUAUAGACUGAGCCACGAGGAGCCAUUAGUUUGUGAGAAGAACCACUUUUGGAGCCACCCGCUGCCCACUUGUGACGCAUCAUGUGGCGGGGAUAUCAGGGGACCUGGAGGGAUAAUUCUGUCACCUGGCUACCCAGAGCUUUAUCCAAACUCUCUAAAUUGCACCUGGACCGUUGAAGUCAGCCAUGGAAAAGGUGUCCAAUUCACUUUUCACUCCUUCCACCUGGAGGAUCACCAUGACUACCUUCUGAUAACAGAAAACGGCAGCUUCGCGCAGCCCCUGGCUCGACUCACGGGUUCAGAGAGGCCUGCGCCAGUUAAUGCCGGCCUGUAUGGGAACUUCAAGGCCCAGCUACGCUUCAUUUCAGACUUCUCCAUAUCUCUGCAGGGAUUCAACAUCUCCUUCUCGGAGUACAAUCUGGAGCCCUGUCAGGAUCCUGGAACGCCACGGUUCGGCAGGUACAUUGGCUCCAGGUUUGGCAUUGGCGACUCGCUGUCGUUCUACUGCAACACUGGCUAUCGUCUGCAGGGAGCCAAGGAGAUUGUGUGCUUGGGAGGUGGCCGCCGCAUAUGGAGCGCCCCUCUGCCAAGGUGUGUGGCUGAGUGUGGAUCCACAGUCUCCAACAAUGAGGGAGUUCUUUUGUCCCCAAACUACCCAAUGAACUACGAUAACAGCCACGAAUGCGUGUACAGCAUUCAGGUCCAAACAGGCAAAGGCAUCAACAUCACUGCUAGCACCUUUCAGCUUGCACAAGGUGACGUUCUUAAGGUCUACGAUGGGAAGGACGGCACGUCCGCACUCCUUGGCAGCUACACGGGCACGCUGAUGCAGGACCUGUUCCUCACCAGCACGUCCAACAAUCUGUGGCUGGAGUUCUACUCAGACCCAGAGUCAACGGCAGCCGGCUUCCGCCUCGUAUAUCACAGUUUUGAGCUGUCCCACUGCGACGACCCAGGAGUGCCACAGUUUGGCUUCAAAAUCAGUGACCAGGGUCACUUUUCUGGCAGUUCCAUCAUGUUCGGGUGUGAACAAGGUUACACUCUGCAUGGAAGUGCCAUACUUAAGUGCAUGACCGGGGAGAGGAGAGCAUGGGACAACAACCUACCAUCAUGCAUAGCCGAAUGCGGUGGCAGUUUUAAAGGAGAGUCUACAGGGCGUAUCCUCUCUCCUGGCUAUCCCUUCCCCUAUGACAACAACCUGAGAUGCACCUGGACAAUCGAAGUCAGCUCUGGAAACAUUGUCAGUCUCCAGUUUCUUGCAUUCGACACAGAGGCAUCCCAUGACAUCCUGAAGGUGUGGGACGGGCCUCCUGACAACGAGAUGUCUCUGAAGGAGGUCAGUGGCUCGCUGCUGCCUGAGGGGAUCCACUCCACCCUCAACGUCGUCACCAUUCAGUUCGAAACGGAUUUUUACAUCACCAAGUCUGGCUUUGCCAUUGACUUCUCAAGUUCACUUGCGACAGCCUGCAGAGAUCCAGGUAUCCCCAUGAAUGGCAGCCGCAAUGGUGAAGGGAGGGAGCCCGGUGACACUGUAACCUUCUCCUGUGAUCCGGGAUAUGAAUUGCAGGGAGAGAGCCGAAUCACCUGCAUUCAAGUGGAAAAUAGAUUCUACUGGCAACCCAGCCCCCCAAGCUGCAUUGCUCCAUGUGGUGGAAACGUGACCGGGUCUUCUGGAUUCAUCCUCUCUCCCAACUACCCGCAUCCAUACCCACACAGCAAAGACUGUGACUGGCUAAUUGCAGUUCACUCCGACUAUGUUAUUUCCUUGGCUUUUAUCAGCUUCAGCAUUGAGCCCAACUAUGAUUUCCUGUACAUCUAUGACGGGCCAGACAGCAGCGCUCAUCUGAUUGGCAGUUUCCAGGACAGUAAACUUCCAGAGAAGAUAGAAAGCACCUCCAACUUCAUGUACUUGGCAUUUCGCAGUGAUGGCUCUGUGAGCUACACUGGCUUUCAUUUGGAAUACAAAGCAAAACUGCGGGAGGCGUGUUUUGAUCCAGGGAAUGUGAUGAACGGCACUAGAAUGGGUACAGACUACAAGCUGGGAUCUAUGGUGACGUUCCAUUGUGAAGAUGGCUAUCUUCUGCAGGGCUACUCCACCCUGACGUGUGUCAUGGGCAACAGCAAGAGACCAGAGUGGGACAGAGCCAAACCGAGCUGUCAGGCUCCCUGUGGAGGUCACUUCACUGCUUCAGAGGGAACUGUUUUGUCCCCAAACUACCCACAUAAUUACACCAGAGGUCAAAGCUGCGUCUACGACAUCUUCGUCCAUGGAGACUUUGUGCUCUUUGGCCAGUUUGUGGUUUUCCAGACUCUGCCCACUGAUGUAGUCGAGAUCUACGAUGGACCUUCAAAAGACUCAAACCUUCUCUCGUCAAUAUAUGGAUCACACUCUGGUGAGACACUCCCUUUGAGUUCUGGAAACAAGAUAAUACUUAAAUUUACCACAAAUGGAACAGAAACUGCAAAGGGAUUCCAUUUUGUAUACCAAGCUGUCCCUCGGACAAGCGCCACUCAGUGCAGCUCAGUCCCUGAGCCGCGAUUUGGAAAGCGGAUAGGGAAUGACUUUGGCAUCAGCAAGGUGGUACUGUUUGAAUGUAAUCCAGGCUACACGUUGCACGGCACCAAUGCCAUCAGGUGUGAGGCCGUGCCCAAUGCCCUGGCCCAGUGGAAUGGCACCGUUCCCACGUGUGUUGUUCCCUGUGGCGGAUUGUUAACUGAGCGCCGAGGCACUAUUCUCUCUCCUGGAUACCCUGAACCAUACGCCAAUUAUUUGAACUGUGCUUGGAGAAUCUCUGUUCCCGAAGGAGCUGGAAUACAAAUUCAAGUUGUGACCUUUGCCACUGAGCACAACUGGGAUUCGUUGGAUUUUUUUGAUGGAGUUGAUGGCAAUGCUCCGAGGCUUGGCAGCUACUCAGGAACAACGAUACCCCAACUACUGAACAGCACGUCCAAUAACCUGUACCUGACCUUCCAGUCUGACAUCAGCGUAUCUGCUGCUGGUUUCCACUUGGAGUACACAGCAAUAGGUUUGGAUUCGUGCCCAGAGCCGCUGCCUCCAAGUAACGGUCAAAGAGUGGGAGAUCGCUUCACCGUGGGGGAUAUGGUUUCCUUCCAGUGCGACCAGGGCUUUUCAUUACAGGGUAAUGCAUAUAUUACCUGCAUGCCUGGCCCUGUCAGAAGAUGGAAUUACCCCGUACCUCUGUGUUUAGCUCAGUGUGGAGGCUCUAUGACAGACUUCAGCGGUGUCAUCCUCAGUCCAGGCUUUCCAGGGAAUUACCAGAGCAGCCUGGACUGCACCUGGAGAGUUCAGCUCCCCACUGGCUUUGGAAUCCAUUUGCAGUUCCUAAACUACUCAACAGAGCCCGUUCACGACUAUUUGGAGGUGCGGAGUGGCAGCCUUGAGACGGGAACAGUGAUCGAUCGAUUCAGUGGUCCAGCGGUGCCCAACUCCCUCUUCAGCACCACCCAUGAGACCAGUAUCUUCUUCCACAGUGACUAUUCCCAGAACAAGCCUGGCUUCCACAUUGUCUACCAGGCAUACGAGCUGCAGAGGUGCCCCGACCCCAGACCAUUUCGUAAUGGCAUAGUGAUCGGUCAGGAGUACAGCGUAGGAAUGACCAUUUCUUUCGAAUGUCUGCCGGGUUACACCCUUCUUGGAGAGCCCUUACUCACCUGUUUGCAUGGAGUCAGCAGAAACUGGAAUCACCCCAUGCCUCGCUGUGAAGCUCUUUGUGGUGGAAAUAUAACAUCCAUGAAUGGUACAAUAUACUCUCCUGGACACCCUGCAGAGUAUCCACACUUCCAGGACUGCAUGUGGACUGUCAGAGUACCUCCAGGGUACGGCAUCUACAUCAAUUUCUCUGUUAUCAAUACGGAGCCAAUCUACGACUACAUCACUGUUUGGGACGGACCCGACCAGUCCUCACCUCAGAUCGGCCAGUUCAGCGGCAGCACCGUACAGGACGGCGUGUCAACAACUGCCAAUCAAGUCCUCAUCAAGUUCCACAGUGACUUCAGCACCAGUGGCUUCUUUGAGCUUCAUUAUUACGCUUACCAGCUAAGAACUUGUCAGCCACCACCUCCUGUUGCCAAUGCCACUAUCCUAACUGAGGACGACGAGUUUGAAAUAGGGGACAUCAUUCGGUACUCGUGCCUGCCAGGCUUCACCUUGGUGGGCAGCGAGAUUCUGACCUGCCGACUCGGGGAGAGGUUACAGAUGGAUGGACCGCCACCAGUGUGUCAAGUGCAAUGUCCAGCCCACGAGGUGCGCUUUGACUCAACGGGGGUAAUCUUGAGUCCUGGCUACCCUGAAAACUACCCCAAUCUUCAGAUGUGCUCCUGGCUGAUCAGUGUGGAGAAGGGCUACAACAUCACCCUGCACUUUGAACUCUUCCAGACAGAAAAAGAGUUUGACAUCUUGGAAAUAUUUGAUGGUCCCAACAUCUACAGUCAGAGCCUUUCAACUCUCAGUGGUGACAUUGAAACGCCCUUCAGCCUGACGACCACGGGCCACCAGCUCCUGCUGCGCUGGUCCUCCGACCACGGCACCAACCGUCGCGGCUUCCACAUCAGAUAUGUGGUGAUGUACUGCAGCACCCCAGACUCCCCACAACACGGCUUUGUCGUGAGCCAGACCGGGGGUCAUCUUAACAGCGUGGUGCGCUGGGCUUGUGAUAGGGGCUACAAGCUGAUCGGUAAGGGCACAGCUGUGUGCAAGAAAACCAUCUCUGGGUACUAUACCUGGGACGCGCCAGUUCCCGCAUGCCAAGCUGUGUCGUGCGGUGUGCCCAGUGCGCCAGUGAACGGAGGUGUGCUUGCUGCUGAUUACUCCGUUGGCACACGGGUGACCUACUUCUGCAAUGCUGGGUACCGGCUCUCCUCCAAAGAACUGACGACCACAGUCUGCCAGCCAGACGGCACCUGGAGCAAUCACAACAAGAUACCUCGAUGCAUUGUAAUGACGUGCCCCAGUCUCAGCUCCUUCUCUCUGGACCACGGGAGAUGGAGGAUCGUCAAUGGUUCUCACUACGAGUACAGAACUAAAAUAAUUUUCUCCUGCAACCCUGGAUACUACCGCGUUGGCCCCGCCCACAUCCAGUGCCUGGCCAAUGGAGUGUGGAGCUGGAAGAGCGAGAGACCUAGGUGCAGAAUCAUUUCCUGUGGUGAUCUUCCUUCUCCUCCUAAUGGGAAGAAAAUCGGGACCCAAACUACGUUUGGCGCAUCAGCCAUUUUCAGCUGUAACCCCGGCUAUGUUUUAUCGGGUUCUACUGUUCGAGAGUGUCUCCUUUCUGGCCUCUGGAGUGGGAUGGAGACUCAGUGCUUGGCGGGCCACUGCGGCAUCCCUGAGCAGAUCGUGAACGGGCAGGUGAUCGGGGAAAACUUUGGUUACAGAGACACAGUGGUCUAUCAGUGCAACCCCGGGUUCAGGCUCAUUGGCUCCUCUGUACGCAUCUGUCAACAGGACCACAACUGGUCUGGACACCUCCCAGUUUGCAUCCCUGUCACAUGCGGCCACCCUGGCAGCCCUAUCUACGGCCGCACCACAGGCGAUGGCUUCAACUACAAUGAUGUUGUGCGCUUCUCCUGCAACAAAGGCUACACCCUCGAGGGCCCGUCCACUGCCCAGUGCCAGGCCAGCCGGCAGUGGAGCCAGCAGCCUCCGACAUGCAGAGUGGUUAACUGCACGGAUCCAGGUAUCCCGGCCAACUCUAUCCGGGAGAGUAAAAUCGAGCACGGGAACUUCACGUUCGGCAGCGUCGUCUUCUAUGACUGCAACCCCGGAUUCAACCUGUUCGGCUCAUCGGUGCUCACCUGCCAGCCAGAGGGACACUGGGACAAACCUCUUCCAGAAUGCAUCGAACUGGACUGUGGCCACCCUGGUUCUCCCCCCCAAGCUGUGAUGAGUGGAGAGAAGUUUACCGUCGGUUCCACGGUGCGCUACUCCUGCGCCGGAGACCAUCAGCUCAUCGGGGACUCGUCACUCACCUGUCAGCUAAAUGGACACUGGAGCGCUCCGCUGCCCCACUGCUCAGGCGACUCUGCAGGCACCUGUGGGGAUCCUGGCACGCCUGCCCAUGCCAGCAGGGAGGUGGGGAACUUUAAAGUGCGCAGCAAAGUGCGCUUCACCUGCGCAGUGGGACAUACAUUGUAUGGCUCAGCAGAGAGGAUCUGCUUCCCCAACGGGACCUGGUCGGGCAAGCAGCCGUUCUGCAAGCCGAUACAGUGUGGGAACCCAGGGACGCCUGCCCAUGGCCAUGUUUCCCGCGUGGAAGGCACAACUUUCUCCCACUCCAUUGUGUACUCUUGCAUGGAAGGAUAUUUCCUCACUGGAUCACCUACGCGGCAGUGUCUGGCAAAUGGCACGUGGUCUGGUACAGCUCCAAACUGCACAAUGAUCACCUGCGGCGAACCUGGGGUUCCAGCGAACGGACUGAGAUUUGGUGAUGACAUCACAGUGGGCCAGAAUGUGACGUUCACUUGCCAGCCAGGGUACGUGAUGUUAGGAGGAGACAGCUCCGUCACAAGGACCUGCACCAACAACGGGACCUGGAGUGGAACCAUGCCGACAUGCCAAGUGGUAACUUGUCCUUCGGCCCCGUCCAUCCCCAACGGCCUGCUGGAGGGCUCGGUGCUGGAGUGGGGCACCAGUGUGAGCUACAGCUGUCUGUCCGGCUACGAGCUGUCCUUCCCGGUUGUGCUUACCUGCACGGGAAAUGGGACAUGGAGCGGAGACCUGCCCCAGUGCCUGCCCAAGUUCUGCGGAGACCCCGGUGUGCCGCUCAAAGGACGGCGAGAGGGACGGAGUUUCAUCUACAAGUCCGAGGUGUCGUUCAGCUGCAGCGUCCCCAACGUGCUGGUAGGAUCAGUGACACGCAUGUGCCACGAGGACGGCACCUGGAGCGGCUCCCAACCACGAUGUAUCGAACCUACAAGAACCACAUGUGAAAACCCAGGGACACCUGAGCAUGGCUUCAUCAACUACACCACAGGCUUUAAGGUGGGCAGCAGAGUAGACUUCCAGUGCCAGCAGGGACACAUAUUGCAGGGCUCCACUACAAGGCAGUGCUUGCCAGAUCUCACCUGGACUGGCAUCCAGCCUGCCUGUAUCCCUCACGCCUGCAGACAGCCACGCAGCCCGGCCAACAGUGACGUCAUCGGCCUGGACCUGCCCUCGUACGGUUACACCCUGGUGUACACCUGUCAGACGGGCUACUUCCUCUCUGGGGGCUCCGAGCAUCGCGUCUGCCGCUCCGAUGGCAGCUGGACUGGCAAGGUGCCUGUGUGCAGAGCUGGAUCCAAAUCUGCAGAGAAAAAUGUCAAAUCUGCACCUGGGACACCAAGCCCUAAAAUAAUGGUUCCUGACGAUGUGUUCGCCACGGAUUUCGUCUGGAAGGGCUCCUACGACUACAAGGGCCAGAAGCAGCCGAUGAGUUUGACCGUCACAAGCUUUAAUGCUACAACUGGAAAAGUCAACGUAACUUUAACAGACAGUAGCAUAGAGUUUCUGCUCUCUGGAGUUUACAAACGCCAGGAGGCACGCUUAAUGCUUUUGCUGUACCAGAUGAGAGCACUGGCCCACAGCUCCUUGAGCAGGAUUACUGACGAGACCUGGGCCAUGGAUGGAUUUGUUUCUGCUGAGCCUGAGGGCGGCAGCUACGUGUUCCAGGGAUUCAUACAGGGUAAAGACUACGGACAGUUUGGACUACAGCGACUUGGUUUGAGUCUGAGAGAAAAUGUCACCUUCACUGAUCCUGAAACCAACGGCUCCACCAACAGCAGUUCUGUUGCCGUGGCUAUCCUCGUGCCUUUCUUUGCUCUCAUCUUUGCUGGCCUCGGGUUUUAUCUCUACAAGCAGCGAAAAACCGAUAAAGCGCAGUAUACAGGUUGUUCCGUCCAUGAGAACAAUAAUGGACAAGCCACAUUCGAGAACCCCAUGUACAACACAAACACGAAGGCUGCUGAGGGGAAAGUCGUCCGCUUCGACCCCAAUCUCAACACCAUCUGCACCAUGGUUUGAUGUCUGCCGAGCGUGAUGGAAGCACCUAGGGAGAAGAAGAAGAAACACACGAUGGGUGAAGAAUUGCAACUUCUCCUUCUUUUGUCUUCACUUGAAAUAUAUAUAUAUAUAUAAAAAAGAAUCUCAGCUUUUCUCAGCAAAGACACAGAUUUGUUCAAAAACAGAAAGCACACUUUCAGCAACAAUUAAAGUAGCUGAAAUCAAUAGCGUUCAGAAGGUAAAAAAAAAAAAUGAAAGGGGGAGGAAGGGGCCGGUUCCACAUCUUUUUGAACGCUUCCCACAGUCUGGUGGAGAAGUGUUCUUUUUUUUUUCUUUUUGCACUCUGUGAGUGUUGGCUCCUUAAAGAAAAGAGCCUCUGGCAUAUAGUUAAAAUGGAGUAUUUUAUGCUCUGUAGUAUAAAUAUGGAGGGUUUAUUUUACCAUGCCAAAUAAAAAAUGUAAUGUUUUUCUUUUCAAAGAAAAAGCCCAUAUCAAAACUGUUUUUUUCCUCCCCUUUGUUUCUUUCCUGAUGACAAUUAUUUUCUAUUACAAAGAAGAGGAGCGUCUCAACUCUGAGCUAAUCAAUGUAAUCUAUAUUCUAUUUUCCGAGCAGCAGGGUGUGGAAGAGGAGCUGAAGUAGCAAAAACGGAGUGAAAAAAAAAGAAAAAAAGGAAGAAAGAAACUGCCUCUCUUUGAAUUGUGUUGGCGCUGAAGUCUGUUCAAAGUUAUGUGGUCAAUUAUACCUCUUAAUUGGAUGGUACCUCUUACUGUUGAAAUAUAUGGCCAUGAAUUUAUGUAGGCUACGGAAAUGCAGUGCAAUUCUUCGAGUGCCACUGGGAACGCUAGGGCUUUUAUUGUUACAAGUUCUCUGAAAACAGCAGAGUAUAUUUUCUUCAACAGAGAUAUAGUCUACAAUAGAGUUUAUUAUCAAGUGGGUGCAAUUUAUUUGUUGUGGAUUGAAAUUUUUGUUGAGCAUGACUAUUUAAAUACUUAACAAGCCUGGGAGACUCAUUGGAGCAUCUUCUACUGGUCAUGUGGGGAUUUAUUUGAUGGCUCUAGCUAAACUGAGCUCAAUUUAUUUAAGUCUAUUUUCUUAAUAUGAUUGUAUUAUUUUUUUCCUCUUUCUUUCUUUUUAUUUUUUUUAAAAAAAAGCUCAGAAAUAUUUUGGGUCCCAAAUGAACCAAAUUUGGAGUGAAUAACCCCCGCCUUGUGCCUGUAUGUAUCAAGAAUCUCAAAGUAGGAGUUCUGUGUCUUGAUUUUUACAAGUUUUAUUUAAUGACGGGGAUGAAGAUAUUUGCAGUGCACAGAACUUACAUCCGGCCAGGUUUCCCAGAGGUUAAUUCAAGUCUGGAUGUUGACUCAAAGAUAAAUGAGAGGGCCAUCUGAGGUGAGAUGAAGCUCAAAGUCUUGCCUGCUGCUCAUAAAAUGUCAGUACACGUGUCUGCCCCAUCUUAGAUUAACUUAAAGGCAAAGUGAGUCCAACCACUAAAUCAUCUCCGUUUUCACCAACCGAGCAAUCUUAGUUGUCAUCUAAUUCUUUUGGGAAACCGUGCCUUAGACAGAAAACCUAUGAACCGUACUCCUACUCUUAGACAAUUGAUAGAUACACGGCCUCGGCCUAUUUUGUUAAACCCUUCUGAUACUAAUAGUCAUUUCAAUGUCUUAAACACAUCAGCUUCUGCCAACAAAUGUACAGUAUACAUGAAAGAAUUUGCACACUUGAACAUGAUCCAUCACCAUUCACGACCAAUUACAUUUUACAAAUGAAAGACACAUUUGAAACUGUCAUCACAUUUCUACAUCAUUGCAGUGCCUUGAAUACUGUGUGGGCAUGUUUUUGAGGAAGACGUAACACUUAUUAGUAAAACUGCACACUAGUGUAACUUAUCUGCACAGUUUGCAAUGAUUUAGCAUAGUGAUGUCAGAUGGUUUAAUUGUUGAGGCAAAAAGCAGCUCAUAGUUUCAUACCUGUGCAUGUUGGUAAUAAGUGAUCCAGUAUAGCGAUUGCUGCUAUAGUACUUUGUACCACUAUGUUGAUUCCUGUCAUUGCUAUUCCAUUUUGUACAUUUAUACAUUUUUGAUACUCGAUGGCACUCUUUGGGAAGAUGUCUUGUGUUAUCAAUAUGUAAGAGAUUUUGCGACUUCACGUUUCUUAUGGAUGGGGAAAGAAAAAUAUCUGGUACAAGCGGCAUACAGUCAGUCUCCCAUCCAGAGACUGCAGAGUAGAGUAGAACGCUUUUAAAUGUGCCACACAAUUGUUAUCUCAUUCAAGAACAGGUGUAUAUGAAAAUGUACAUAUUACAAAAAUUUUGUAAAGAGAUAUAUUUUUUAUUCAGAUGAAGCAUUUGUAAGUUAUUAAAUAU